AUGUCAGGGGGCCAACGGCGUAAGACGGGAUGCUGGACAUGCCGGCUCCGGCGGAAGAAGUGUAAUGAAGAUGGGCAGCCUUGCUCGAACUGUGAGGCGCGCGGGGUUUUUUGCCAUGGCUAUGGCCCAAAGCCAUCGUGGAAGGAUCGUGGGGAAAGGGAGAGGGAGGAAGCGCAGCGGUUGCAACUGAUUUCUAGAGCGGGAACUCGUCGUGCGCGCGCGACCACUAUGAACUCCAUAAAUGAUGAGCCCCGACGGCCCUCGAUCGACAUGAACACAUCUGAUAUGGGUUCGCCCAUUCAGAUGGGGCUCGCGUCCUCGGACUCGUCCAUUUUCGAGUCGUCCAGCCUCGGCCUGCUUGAUAUCCCGGAGCUGGAAUCCUCGCUCUGGGAUCCGACACUGGAUAUCAUCCAGGUGCAACCUCCCCCAUCGGACCCCCCCAGCGCUCUGCAGUUCCCGUCCAUUCUCGGUGAUGGUCUGGAAGAGAAGGAGAUUGACUUGAUCAUGUACUAUGUCGUAGAGGUGUUCCCGAGGCAGCAUUCUUCGUACCAGGGAACCUCGGUGAUGGAGCGGUCGUGGCUGCUUUGCGUGCUCAAGCGGUCCUCGAGUUUCUAUUAUACAAGUCUGAGCCUGAGUGCACACUACCGACUGAUGAGUAUGCCGGAAGACGGCCAAGGGCGGACUGCCUUGCUACAGGAAUAUGAACGAUACAGGACGUGCAGUCUAUUUCGCUUCCAAGAGCUGGUGAGCUCUGCCGCACGGCCACAGUCACCUAUAUCUACGGGAGUCGUGGGGGAGUCUGUGAUCUGCGGGGUUCAGAUUGCCAUGCUGGAGGCGGUAAGUAAGAACAUGCAGUCCUCCUACCUGCACCUCAGUUCAGCAGCGCUAUCACUGGCACAACUCCUAGACAACACCUCAGCCCUUGAUUCCAACUCUGUAUCCACAAAUACCACCCCGCAAUCCUCUCUACUAACCACAGGCCUAUUCCAUGCGCGUUCCAUGGAAUACAAGGCUCUCCGGUGCUUCAGCAUCAUCUUAAUAUGGAAUGAUAUCCUCCACUGCUCCGCGCAGCAAUCUCUCCCAGCCGCGGCCAAAGCCUACCAAAAGCUCCUAGCGGAUGAAAGCUUCAUCUCGCUCUUCGUUGACAUUGUGGGGUGCGAGGGCUGGGUGCUCGUCCCCAUACUCGAGGCAAUGCUGCUGGCCAACUGGAAGAAGGACCAGGAAUCUAAAGGCCAAUUGAGCAUCCGUGAACUCCUCACCAAAGUCGACCACAUCGAAGGAAUCCUCGGCGACCGGAUGAAGCGACUAGCCCCGGCCGUGCUCCAGCAGAAGGAGGCCGGGGUCUCGUCGCAGAGCCCCGAACAGAUUAGGCUGGUCCACACAUACAUCUUUGCUCACGCGAGUUUCGUUCACCUCCACACCGUUGCCUCUGGCGCGCAGCCCAGCGUGCCCGAGAUCCAAAAAAGUAUUGACAAAUCCUUAGCUGCAUGGCAGCUUCUGCCCCCCUCUUUGAUCAACUUCAAAACCAUGGCGUGGCCAUUCUGCGUGUGCGGUAGUAUGGCCGUGGGUCCUCAGCGAGGGUUGUUCCAGAAAAUCAUGUCCGAGAACUUUGAAAAUCAAUCGACGUCGAGCAAUCUCCAUUGUCUCAAGUCUGUAGUAGAAGAGUGCUGGAAGAAUUUCGAUAAGCGUGUGCCAGAACAGAGUCCAUCGUCUUAUAAUUGGAAGAUCGUGAUGGAAAAGCUAAAUUUGAGUAUCCUGUUCAUAUGA